UAGUUUAGAACUUGUAGCCACCGAACUCCUUUAAAUGCUACACUACCCCCUCUCUCCCCCCACCUCAUCAAAGAGCAGAGAUGAGAAAGCAAAAGCUGAGAUCGUCCAUCAAAGCCAUUCAAGAAGCUAUAAUCAGUCGAAAACCAAUGAGCCCCGUCUGCACUCCACAAUCCAAAGCCAAUUCAUUUAAAGAUGAAGCAAGUGAUUUCUCCUCUUCAGUGAUCUCCAACAGGCUCUUCUUCUCUCCCAGCAUGACAAGGUCCAUAAUGGAGGAAGCCAGACCACGACCGAGCAAUCUCAAUACAGAAAAGCUCGAUAAUGGUGAUUUCUUUGACGAAAGUAUAGUGACAGUCUUGGCUUCCAAUGAUCCGUUUAUGGACUUUAAGUCAUCAAUGGAGGAGAUGGUGAAGGCUCAUGGAGUGAGAGAGUGGGAGCGGUUGGAGGAGCUGUUGCUUUGUUAUUUGAGGCUCAAUGAGAGGAGAAAUCACGAGGCUAUAGUGAUGGCAUUUGUGGACUUUGUUAAGAAUUUAGUGCAUAAUCAGUGCCGAGGAUUUCCUAGUCCCUUUGGGUCAUCUAGUUUUCCCAUGCUUGUUUCUGAUCAGUGAACUUCUUACUCCCGUGUCACGUCUCUCUUUACAGUUAUGCAGGAUUGAAUUGUAAUUUAUACUGUUCUUUGUAAGAACUAUAUCAUCUCGUAUACAUAAAAGUAAUUGUGUCGAAAGGCUUUGAUAAAUUUCAUAGCAAACAGCCUGUCAGCUUAAUCUUUUAGCCUGUAAUAGAUUUAGCUUUCUAUUGUUAUAUUCAUGAAGUCUAAAUUCAA